AUGGAACCUUCUGGAACACUAACACUCCGUCUUGUGGCUACUGACAAUGGAUUGCCACCACUGACAUCUACCGCCACAAUCAAUGUUAUAGUCGAUCCCAUCAACAUGUACUCUCCCGUCUUUUCUAAUCAAACUUACACUGCCCUCGUAAGCGAAGAUGCCCCUGUUGGUUCCAUGGUUAUUCAAGUCACAGCAACAGAUAACGACCAAGGUGACUUUGGAAAAAUUAAAUAUAGACUUGAAUCGUCAUCAGAUAAAAAUUUUUUGAUAAACCCUGACGACGGCACUAUAACGGUGGCAAGAGAUGGUCAGUUUGAUGCUGUUAAAAACCCAAAAUUGACACUGGAAGUUGUGGCAACUGAUAGCCCGAACAAUUCUCUUAAAUCUAAAUAUUCUAAUUGUUAUGUACGUAAGCUUAAAAUUUUUUUAAAUAUUGGUGCUAAUAUGCAUUUCCGUUAA